AAGGAAAAUAAAGCGCGGCUCUUGGAGCUUGUUACCACAUUGGAGUCCGAGUCGCAGUCAACAAGGAUUGUUGAAGGAACGACCAACAAUAAAGAAUCUAUAUUAAGAAACAAAAGAAUAAAUAUGAAUGACGAUAUAGUUCACAGUUCGAAUAAACGUAAAAAAAUGAUGAUUUUGCCAAUCACUCAACAUCAAUUGAUCGAAAAAAUUAAGCAAAAAAAGCAAGAUUCACCCUAUUAUGCAAUGGUAUCAAAGACUUGAUAAAGACGAGUUAUUAAAACCAGAUUUGAUAGAGAAUACACAUUAUUUUUCUUUACCAAUUUUAGCUGUUAGACAUUAUCAAUUAUGGUAUGGCAUACGGAAUCCCUCUCAUUUGAUAGAGAUACCCUCCAAAGUAAUAGAAAAAAAGACUUCUUUGAGGAUAGCAAAGGUGAUUAAACCAGAAGACGAUCUUUUAAAAUUUAAAAUAUAUUUAGUGAAAAAUUCUACCAACAAUUAUUAUACAUUUACUAUGUCACCUAAUUCUACUGUAUACGAUUUUUACAGUAAACUGACCAACAGUAUUCUAAAAGUAGAACCCUCGAAUAUAGUAGAGUUAUGGCUUCUAAAUAAAAGAAAUAAUCAUUUUAUAAGGAGACUUAAUUCUUCUGAUCACUUUAUUAUUACUGAAGACUUGUUAAGCAAUAAAUAUAGUAAUAGUAACCGUUUUGCCCAAAGGAUCGAUUCAUCCACUAUUUCCUUUCAUUCAACUAUUGCAAACUGUUUAAACAGUAUUUCCUCAGCGAAUGUCAUGUCUGAAACAGAGAGUCAUCAUGUAUACUACUUGGCAGUAAAAUUGCCCAACAAGGAGGAGAAGCCUUUAAUAUCAACUAUGACUACUACUGAUGACAAAAAAGGAAGAAAAGGUUUGCGUGGAUUACAAAACUUGGGGAAUACAUGUUAUAUGAAUUCUGCGAUUCAGUGUUUAAGUAAUAUACCUCAACUAACGCAAUGGUUUUUAGAUGGAAAGUAUAUGAAUGAGAUUAAUACAUCGAAUCCUUUAGGUCUUAAUGGUGAACUAGCAAAAGCUUAUGCGUCACUUUUAAGAGAUAUAUGGAAACCAGAUAAUAUAAUAGUCACUACAGGUAAUCAGUUUACCUUUAUUUCACCAGAAGAAUUUAAGAAUACAUUCGAGCGAUUUAAUCCACAUUUUAUCGGAUUUCAUCAGCAAGAUUCACAAGAGCUACUUAGUUUUCUAUUAGAUGGUUUACAUGAGGAUUUAAAUAGAAUAAAGAAGAAGCCAUAUAUUGAAAUGCCUGAUUUUAAUGAUACGCUCUCUGAUGAAGAGAUUGCCAACAAAUUUUGGGAAUAUCAUAAAAUGAGAAAUGAUUCAAUCAUUGUAGAUUUGUUUCAAGGUCAAUAUAAAAGUAGACUGAUUUGUAACGAAUGUAAAAAGGUUUCUAUUGCUUUUGAUCCUUUCAUGUAUUUGUCUUUACCUCUUCCUGUAGAUACUAAAUGGGAGUUAAAUAUCAUGUAUAUUCCUUUUUCAUCAUCUCAAAGACAGCUUAAAAUGAAAAUAAGCUUGAAUAAGGAAGCUAAAGUGAAAGACUUGAAACAAGAAAUUAUCAAUAGUCUAUUUUCUUAUUAUCAUCUUUCCUUCUUAGAUAAUAAUCUUUUGGUAACUAAAAUUCAAGAAGGCAAAAUACAGAAAGUCUACAAAAAUAAUGAUUUAUUAUCACCUAUUGGAGAUGCUAAUGAUAGGAUCCACUUUCACGUUUAUCAGCUUCCAGCAGAUAUAAAUAACCUUCAAAAUUGGGUUAUUUUCCCUGUUUACUGUUUUAUAGCUACUCUUCAUACUCAACGACUCAGUAACUCAUCACUACCAAAAUUGUUUGGGUAUCCCAUGAUACUUGCUCUUAGAGUAAAUAAACUCAAAGAUAUAUCCGAUCUCUAUACUGAAAUCAUAUAUCAUCUUCAAAGAUACUGUAGCAAACCAACACUAUUAUUUAAAGAAGAAAAGGAGAUCAACAUCAGUUCAGUUCAAGCUAACCUGAUGGAGCAGGAGCAGGAGCAGGAACAGGAACAGGAACAAAAGCAGAAGCAGAAGCAGCAUGAUGAUAAAGAUAAGGAUACUAUGAUCCCUAUAUCUAAUUUAUUUAAUAUACAUUUUUUUGAAAGCUGCUGCUCAUCAGAUAUCACCACUCAUGAUAAGAAGGAUGAAUUUUUAUUUCCAGGCUUAAUAAACAGUCAUAUAAUAGAUCAGAACAAACAUGAUGAUAGAACUGAAGCACCCAUAAUCCAACAAGGUCAAGGCGUGUUGAUAGAAUGGAGUCUAUCUAAAGUAGAACAAAUAUUUGGCGUUCGAUCUUCAUCAUUGCAAAGUGAUGAUAAAAUGCUAAAGAUAAUUAAAAAGGCAUGGUUCGAUUAUGAUGAUAUUACGUUAUUAUUAAAUAACAAUCAAGCAUCCAAGUCUGAUACGAUGAUUACUUUAAAGGACUGCUUACAUGAAUUUACAAAUGAUGAACAGCUUGGGAAUGACGAUUUAUGGUAUUGCCCAAGAUGCAAGAAGCAUCAACGAGCAUUGAAGAAAUUAGAUAUAUGGAAGUUACCUGAAAUUAUGGUUGUACACUUAAAACGGUUUAGUCAAGGAAGGAGAGGGAGAAAUAAGAUUGACACAUUUAUUGAUUUCCCACUCUCUAGAAUGGAUAUGUCAAAUUAUGUGCUUAGUAACCGAGAUGGCGGAAAAGUUAUUUAUGAUCUUUGUGCGGUGGACAACCAUUAUGGAGGGAUUGGUGGUGGUCAUUAUACUGCCUUUGCCCAAAAUAGCGAAACCUCUGAAUGGUAUAAAUUUGAUGACAUUCAUGUAGAUAAAAUACCCUCAGAAAAGAUUAAGACGGAGGCUGCUUAUUUAUUAUUUUAUAAAAAACGUUCAAUAUAAAGUAACAUAAUAUUAAAUGGGGUUACAAAUAUAUACUUUUAGAAGCAG